CUCCAACUGUCUCCGACUCUGUCUGUCUCUUUGUUUCUGUGUGCCCUCUCUGUGUCUGGGUUUGUCUUUUCGUGCCCCUGGGAUUCCUUGGGGGAAAGGGCUGGGGGCCGUGGGGUUGGCGGUGUCCGGCGGAGCAUUGCUGUUCCUUCUCCCGCGCCCCAAAUGCUUGCUCUAGCCGGUCAAGUCCUGCCCUAGUCCAACCCUCCCUGCGAUGUUCACUUAAUUAAGCGUUUGUUUAAAUCUCUUUAUUACGUGCAAAUUCCCUUGAAGCUAGGGGCCUCCUUGCCAUUUCACUCUGCGCUCUACGUCUUCGCUGCAGCCCAGAUCUAGUCUAAUCCUCCGUGUAGGUGUAUUCCUCAGAGCUCCAAGAGGGAAGGGACUUGGGCUGGUCUUCGGAGUGCAUGCAGGGGAUCCCAGAGCGCAGCGCCCUGCUCGGCAGUAGGAACUCGGCUAACCAUGGAUGAAUUGUUGUAUAACUUUGCGCUUGGUAUUCCCUCUGUGGGACCAGUCCCAGUCUCGACGUUAUGUACUAGCUGGAGUUGGGCAGCCUAGAAGGGGGCAGCCUCGGGGCACGGGAGCCGUAGGAUAACAGUUGCGGGAGUAGGGCCCACCAGGUCUGAGAGACAGCCGGCUGUUCUCUAGUCGCCCCAAAGCAGGGUUGUAUCCUGCCUCCCCCGCUGGGAACAGUUCAGCCCCCGCCUCCGCCCCCUGGCCCGCACCCAGGUCUGAGCCAAGCCCGCCCUGGCCUCGCUUCUCCCCGCCCAGCCUGCUUCGGGCACAACUCUGGAGGAGGAGCGCGCUUCAGCAGGCUGGGGAAAGCGAGACUCGCUACAGCCAAAGCCGCAGAGUGACUGUGGGAGGCUGGGGACCCCCUUUCAGACAAGGCAAGGCGGGCGGCUCCAGCCUGUGAACGACUUAUUUCCCAGUGCUCAAUAGGAUGAUGUAGCCACUCAUCGGUGAAUCGCCUCCAGAGGCAAAGAACCGCAAGGAAUAGGAGGUGGGGCAUUAGGCCACUAUGGUGGGGAGUGAGGUGAUUGUACUGCACUACAACUAUACCGGCAAAUUGAACGAGGCUCGCUACGACCCAGGCGGGGGUUUGCGCGCAGAUGCUGCAGUCUUCCUGGCAGUGUGUGGCUUCAUCGUUCUGGAAAAUCUGGCGGUUCUGUUAGUCCUCUGGCGCCACAAGAAAUUCCAUGCGCCCAUGUAUCUGCUGCUGGGCAGCCUAACUCUCUCUGACCUGCUAGCCGGCGCCGCCUACACGGUCAACAUCCUGUUGUCUGGGGCGCGCACCUUGCACCUGUCCCCAGCUCUCUGGUUCGCCCGCGAGGGUGGUGUCUUCGUGACGUUGGCUGCUUCGGUGCUCAGCUUGUUAGCCAUAGCGCUGGAACGACACUUGACCAUGGCAAGUCGUCGGCCUGCGCCCAUCCACCGCCGUGGUCGCACACUGCUGUUGGCAGGAGCCGCGUGGCUGGCGUCCCUGCUCCUCGGACUUCUUCCUGGUCUCGGUUGGAACUGCCUAGGCCAUCUAGCCCAAUGCUCCACAGUGCUCCCCCUCUACGCCAAGCCCUAUGUGCUGUUCUGCGUGCUUGCCUUUCUAGUCAUUCUUGUGGCUAUCUUUGGGCUCUACACCCGCAUCUACUGCCAGGUGCGUUCCAACGCAAGGAAACUGCAGCUUCGAGCUGGAUCAGGAGGAGCCCUGAGCACACGCCGCCUGCCCAAGUCCCUGGCGCUGUUGCGCACGGUGACCGUGGUACUGGUGGCGUUCAUUGUGUGUUGGGGACCGCUCUUCUUGCUGCUGCUGCUGGAUGUAGCGUGCCCGGCUCGAGCCUGCCCUGUGCUUCUGCAGGCGGACUACUUCCUGGGGCUAGCUAUGGCCAACUCGCUGCUCAAUCCCAUCAUCUAUACGCUUACUAGCCGGGAUCUGCGCCGUGCGCUCUUGCGCCUCUUCUGUUGUUAUCACCGCUGCUGCUGCUGCUGCCGCUGCUGCUGCUAUAAGCCCCUGCACCCAGGGCCAGGUGGAGGGGAGGGUGGGGCCAGCGGGCGCCGGCGGCUGCCUCCAAUCCUGGAGUGCAGUACCAGCAAGUCGGAACGCUCCUCGAACCGACAUGAAGGGUUGGACACGAGUGUCUCCACUGGCAACGCCACGCCCACGCGCACUCCCGUUAAGACAGAGGUGCAGAAGACCACAGACUGACACUUUAUUCCUCAGCCCCUCUCCAGGACACAGUCCUCUUCCCCGUACUAUUUUCGUAUUACUGGUUUGUUGUUGUUGUUUUAAAAUAAAUAAAGUAAUUUGUAUUAAAACGUC